UGCUGAACAAUGAAUCGGUUGUUCAAUUGCAACAGAUAGCGAUGGAAAAUCUCGGGCUUGUCGUAUUAGCUGUAAUGCUUAUGUUGGGCUUUGUCAGAUGCGAAGAACACACUCGUUUCCUUGUUGACAUCGUUGAGCCAAGAGGUGUUGCUGAUGUGAAGACCACUAUGGCCACUGUAAAGAGUAUCUUGGACAAAACAGAGGGUGUUGAAUUUAUGUUCAAGGAGGUUGGUGAACCAAGAGUAUUAGUGAUCCUGAAUAUUGCCGCUCUGUGCGAUCUACGUCCUCUCGAGGAGCAGUUGUUCGCAGCUAAUCUGGACAUCACUGUGAAGUCUCUUUUCCCGGGUGAAAAACUAGCAGAGGAUCUGGGGGUGAACAAAAGCCUCAUUGCAAGUGCCCCACCUCCAACAAGUCUGACUGGAGACUACAUUUACUAUUGGGAUGCCAUAUUCAGAAUUGAAGGUCUAAACAGUGAAGAAUACAAAGAGGAAAUUCGAGACAAUCUGGAGAACAGCCUAAAGUACAGAUUGGACAAUCACCAGAAUCUCAUGUACAGAGUUCUCGGACAGUUUCCUAUUCAGAUGAUGUAUUUUGCAGCACUGAAACCAGAGGAUGCUGAGAUGGUUAUCUGGCACUUUAACCGCCGGAAACUCAUUUUCACGGCAAAGGUGUCCCUGGUGCAGUACCUCGACGUCUAUCUGAAUGGCUGUCAGUUUCAGACAGUUAAUUUGUCAUAAUUUGGCAAAAUGUACUCCCACGGGAUACAUAAGAUACAUUUUGUCACAAUCUGAAAAUCUUCAGAUGACUAAACAAUUUUUUCUGUGCACUUAGCAGUACAAUGAAUCGUACAAUGGACUUCUUCACACCAUGGGACGUGUUUUUUCGCUUUCAUUCAUGUACUCAAUCCACGCCGCUGGUGUACGAUGGCAAGCAGGCAACAAAGUCACCGAGUGUGACCAUGCAACCAGAUCCAUUCAGUCGCCUCUUACCACCAGCCUGUGCUGCUGAGGACCUAUUGUAAAUCCAGAAUGCCCGUGGGUCUCAAGAGCAAAUUAUUGAAAAGUCAGCCUUGGUCCAUUGUACACCAUUUAAUUAACCACACCACCAGUUUAAUUCAAAAGACUUUAUUACAACAAUCAGUGAUGUAAUUACUUAUAUCGUGUACAGAUCUAGAAGGAUAAUCCUGACAUUCUAUUUAAUUUUGCUUCUAGCUAGGUACUUUAUCAAGAAUAACAUUGACGUCUAACAUUGUCUUUCCAGAAAUUAGUUCAAUGCAGCUAAUCAGUGAGUACGUAUCUUACAUAAAAAUGCGAGGUUUUUUGGGGGGGUGAGAAGUCCAGGAUGACAUAUACGAUCUACGUGUAUAUGACACUGCCCAACCAGUGUGGUUAAAUAUACCAAAGAUAUAUUUGACAUUGUGAUAAAUAGUUACUUUUACCGUUAUUGUAUCAAUUAUAUAUUACAAAUUAUGAAUGUUCCAAAACUACUUUAAACCCAUUAAUGCACCUAAUUCAUAUUAAUUGAGUGAGUGACUUUAAGUUUUACCUAUUCCAGCCGUAAAGUGACCAGCACAAAUUGUACACUAACAAGAUCUAAACCCUUGUUGAACAUAAACAGCAUACUAGCCAGAUUAUUACAGAUUUUAUGUCAAACUCGAAUAAAGAGUAGUUAAUAUUUAUAACUAUUAAUUGACAGUACAAACUAGAUCGCCAGCAACCAAAUACAAAACGCCAGAGAAUAAUCAGUCUCCAUUGGGAUGUAAAAGGCCAAACAAGCUGUGGAAAUGAUAUGAACGGAUCAUUGAAUAUCAGUGAUGACACCAGGUGUUUGCAAAUGUGAGGCCCCACACUAGGGAUCAUAUGAACUUCUGUUACACUAUACCUCUAGCUGAUGUAAAAGGUAGUACAAAUACAUAUACAUGGUCAUACAAAACCCUUUGAGGGAGACAUUAAUUGUACACUACUUCAACUCCCAUCGAUGGCACAGCUCCAACCAAUCUCAUUUUAUAAUUAUUUUACUACCAAUUUGUUAACUUUUUAACUUUGUUCAUCAAAAUGUACCAUACUAGAAUUUCUUAAAACAAGAACAAAUCAUUAAAGAAGAACUUAUAGUUUUCAAAAGAUCUUUAAGAGAUGAUGCUUGGAAUUAUUAAUCCCUUGUGUGUAAAAGAUGCCCGUCUAGCUGGUCAUGCUUAAACUGUGAUUCUUUCAACAAAUAUUCAUGUGUUAGACGUGAACGGCCAAAACAUUUCGACUGACAAUCUAGUUUGGUGUUUCCGAAAGUUAAUGUCAUGUAAUCUGUUGAUAUCCACUUAUGUAUCAUUUCAUCUUUGAUGUACCCAGUAAAAGGUUUGAUAUCA